CGCCAGCCGUGCAUCGUUCGACAUCUCGUGCAGCUUUGCAACUCUCUCGCGCAACUCUUGUUUAGACUAUUCUGGGUCCAGACUGGAUUUAGCUGUAGGUCUCUGCGCUUGAUAAACAACACCCAAUUACCCAGAGCUGCUGCCCUCGAGGCGGUAUCGCAGCUCAGCAUGACCUCCCAAACCCCAGCCGUUGUCAUGGACAACGGAACUGGAUAUUCUAAAAUUGGCUUCGCUGGCAACGAUUCCCCGUCCUUCGUGUUCCCAACAGCCAUUGCGACUAAAGCUGCUGGUGGCGGUGGUGGUGGAGGUGCGUCCGCAUCUGGAAGACCUGCUGUUGCAAACAAACCUUCAUUUCUGGGGGGAGGAGCGGGAGGUUCUAGCUCCCAUCUCUCGGGGAAGCGCGGUACUGAAGACUUGGAUUUCUUCAUCGGCGAUGAGGCAUUGGCAGCUUCUAGCGGACCUGGCUAUGGUAUUCACUACCCUAUCAGACAUGGACAGAUCGAGAAUUGGGAUCAUAUGGAGCGUUUUUGGUCCAACUCCAUCUUCAAGUAUCUCCGUGUCGAACCGGAAGAUCAUUAUUUUCUCCUUACUGAACCGCCUUUGAACCCUCCUGAGAAUCGUGAAAAUACCGCGGAAAUUAUGUUUGAGUCAUUCAAUUGCGCUGGCCUUUAUAUUGCCGUGCAAGCCGUCCUUGCCCUAGCCGCCUCUUGGACAUCUUCGAAAGUCACCGAUAGGUCUUUAACUGGAACUGUCAUUGAUUCUGGUGACGGCGUUACCCAUGUUAUCCCUGUCGCUGAAGGUUACGUCAUAGGAUCAUCCAUCAAGAGUAUUCCCAUAGCUGGUAGAGAUAUCACCUACUUUGUUCAGAGUUUGCUUCGAGACCGUGGUGAGGCUGAUAGCAGCUUGAAGACGGCUGAGAAAGUGAAAGAGGAGUACUGCUAUGUUUGCCCUGAUAUUGUCAAGGAGUUUGCUCGUUACGACCGGGAGCCAGACCGUUUCCUUAAGCAUACUGUGACAUCGCCCAACGGGCGCUCAGUAUCUAUUGAUGUUGGCUACGAACGCUUUUUAGCCCCAGAAAUUUUCUUUAACCCGGAAAUUUACUCAUCGGACUUUUUGACGCCACUUCCUACUGUCGUUGACGGCGUCAUUCAGGCGUCUCCUAUCGAUGUCAGGAGAGGACUGUACAAGAACAUUGUUCUUUCUGGAGGUUCUACUCUAUACAAAGACUUUGGUCGUCGCUUGCAGCGUGAUAUUCGACACUUAGUAGAUGCUCGCAUUCGCGCUUCGGAGGCCCGCAGUGGUGGAGCGAGAAGCGGUGGACUGGAAGUGCAGGUUGUCACGCAUAAGAGACAAAGACAUGGCCCUUGGUUCGGAGGAAGUUUGCUCGGUCAAACACCAGAAUUCCGGAGCUAUUGCCAUACCAAGGCCGAGUAUGAUGAGAUUGGUCCUAGCAUUGUUCGGAGGUUUGCUCUCCUUGGUGGUCCUGGAAGCACUUGAUAUUUCUAUGCUGGCAGCCAUAACUUCAGUAUACUUGCUCCCAAGACAAUCAUUUCCUUCAAAAUGUGAUAUUUCUGUAAUCUUUCCGUCCAAAAAUGGUGGGCUUAUUGCAGACUUUGGUACGGGAUAGCGUUAGGUAGCUAGAAGCUGUAUAUACUGUUCUGUUUUAUGUGAAGAGAUUUCAAAUGUUCAGUCGUUCACAUUGAUUGUAAGCACCGAGAAGCCGCUCCAAAGAAGGGUCAACAGAUAUUUGACGAAUUACUUGAAACUC